AUGCCGCCCCCCGUCCAAGCCGCGUACAAACGCAUCAAACCGCCCAAGGUAGACGAGAACGGCUACGUCGAAUUCAACCCCAAGUCGGAGGUCCUCCCCGGAGGCUGGAACGGAUUCAACGCGAAACCGCUGAAAAGCGCGAUCCGGAUUGAUCACGAUGUCGAGAUCGUGAUGCGCGAUGGCGCCAGGCUGUACGCAGACAUCUACCGCCCCGCCGAGACAGAUGAGAAAAUACCCGCCGUCCUGAGCUGGUCAUUUUACGGGAAGAAGUACAGUGCGCUGGACAUGCUGCCCAUGUGUGUUUGGAACUGCUGCGUACCGCGCUCUGAUCUCAGCGGGCUGGAGAAGUUCGAGGGUCUGGACCCUGAGGCCUGGUGUCCGCGUGGCUAUGCGAUUGUCAGCGUUGAUACGCGCGGAGCAGGGAAUAGCGAUGGAUUGAUUGGUGUUAUGGGUGCGCAGGAUGCGGAGGAUGGAUAUGAUGUUGUUGAAGCCCUUGCAAAGAUGGAUUGGUGUAAUGGGUCUGUUGGUAUGGCUGGGAACUCGGCCCUGGCUAUCUCGCAGUGGUUCAUUGCAGCGCAGCAACCUCCGUCGUUGAAGGCAAUUGCGCCGUGGGAGGGAUCGGGGGAUAUCUACCGAGAGCAGUUCUGCAGAGGUGGAUGGUUCUCCAUGAGUAACUUCGAUCUGAUCACGAACGAGAUCGUGCGCGGACCGGCCAGCUCAGGCAUCGAGGACUUCGAGGAGAUGUACCGCCGGUCUCCAGUGUCCAGUCCAUUCUGGGAGGAUAAGCGGACUGAUAUGACCAAGGUCAAGUGUCCAGUCUAUAUAAGGGGCUCUGAUGUCAGCUCUAUACACACAAUGGGUUCGAUCCGAGGGUGGCUGCAGGUACCGCACGACAACAAAUGGAUCCAAUGGGGAAGCAAACAAGAGUGGUACGAGCUGUACAGCUGUCCCGAGUCAAUGGAAGAGCUGCAUCUCUUCUUCGAUCGGUAUCUGAAGGGAAUCGACAACAGCUGGGAGGAAACACCUAAAGUGCGGUGGUCUGCACUGCAAUUCGGGGAUCGAGAGGCCAUCGACAAUGUCGUCCUCGAGGAUUUUCCAGCCCCGAGCACCCAGUAUCGCGAGCUCUUCUUGUCAUCGCAGACUCUGAACACGAGUCCGGUUGCCGCAUACGAGAAGUUGUCCUAUGAUUCCGAGUGGUCCUCCAGCUUCGCCGAGUUCUCGUAUACAUUUGACCAACCAUCUCGGUUGAUUGGUUUGCCCAAGGCCGUGCUCUAUAUGUCCUCGGAGGACCAAGACGACUUCACUGUAUUCGUGAUUAUUCGCAAGAAGGACAAGAAUGGAAAGCCGCUGAUGCAUCUCAACUUUCCAUUCCACGCUACGCCCGUCAAGUCAAUCGAUGACAUCCCGCCGAAAGAACAGGCCAGUCUGAACCUGCACCUAGGCUCUACCGGAAUCUUGAGAGCGUCGCAUCGUGCUAUUGACAAAGAGAAGAGCAUUCAUCCUCAGUUCCCAUUCCAUCCUCACACGCGUCAAGACAAAGUAACUCCUGGGGACAUUGUCAAACUAGAGAUCGGAAUCUGGGCGAUGGGUGUAGAUUUCGAGGCUGGAGAGACGGUCAGCUUCAGGGUCUCCGGUCAGUUUCCCAGCAUUGCUGAGUACAAGACGUGGUCGAAGCCCCGGCCGGAGCAUGAACUGAAUCGUGGGAAGCACUUUAUUCAUUGCGGUGGAGAGUAUCCCAGUUCGGUGAUCCUGCCAUUUAUAUAG